GCAUGUGAUUGAUCGAUCUAGCUAAGCAGUCUAUCUUUCUCUUCUUCCUCAUCCUCUCUGUUACUCGGCUUCACUUCUUCUCGUCUCUUCUCUCUUCUCCGGCCGUCUAUCUCCGUUUCCUAGCUUUCAAAGCAAUGAUACCGCCGGAGCAGGAAAACACCAUGACAAACACUAGUAGUACUCCACCUAACAAGUCUAGCAUGCUCUCUAAUGUAAGCCGGUCUGAAAAUUACCAGACCGGCUGGGUUCAUGCGGAACCUUCUCCCGGAAGUAUUAACGGAAGCCAGCGUCUGGCGCCGGACGACAUGCCCGAACAACCCCAUCCCGGUACUCCGCAUAGAGCUUCCGUCUUGCGAGAGUCCCUGCGCCCCGUCACACUUAAGUUCGAAGACGUCACAUACAGCAUUAAGCUCGAGCCGACAAAGGGCAGUUGCGUCAGUUCAUAUAAUGAGCCAAAGCAAACACGAAAUCUACUGAAUGGGGUGAGUGGGAUUGUGCGACCGGGUGAGCUUCUGGCAAUGCUGGGGCCCUCCGGCAGCGGCAAGACCACUCUCUUGACUGCCCUCGGCGGCCGCUUGCCGGGAAAAAUCACCGGCAAAGUGACCUACAACGGCCAGCAUUUCUCAAGCUCCAUGAAGCACAACACUGGCUUCGUGACGCAAGAUGACGUUCUGUAUCCUCAUCUAACUGUGCUCGAAACCCUAACAUAUACUGCCCUUUUGAGGCUUCCAAAGCAGCUGAGCAAGCAAGAGAAAAAAGAACAGGCUGAGACGGUUAUGGUGGAGCUCGGGCUGACCCGGUGCCGUGACAGUGUUGUUGGCGGGCCUUUGCUACGUGGGGUCUCGGGUGGGGAGAGGAAACGGGUCAGUAUCGGGCAGGAGAUGUUGGUUAACCCAAGUCUUUUGUUCCUAGACGAGCCCACCUCGGGGCUCGACUCCACCACUGCACAGCGUAUAGUUGCUACGCUGCGCCGCUUGGCGAGGGGUGGGAGGACGGUGAUCACCACCAUCCACCAGCCCUCGAGCAGGUUGUACAGGAUGUUUGAUAAGGUGGUGGUGUUGUCGGACGGGUGCCCGAUUUACAGCGGGCAUGCGGGUCGGGUCAUGGAGUAUUUCGGGUCCAUUGGAUAUGAGGUCGGGUUCAAUUUCAUCAACCCGGCUGAUUUCUUGCUUGAUCUUGCUAAUGGUAUAGCACCUGAUGCUAAACAAGAUGAUCAACUAGAGUAUAAUGGCAGAUUAGAUCACCACGAAGAACAAAAUAGUACUAAGCAGUUUCUGGUAUCAUCCUAUAAGAAGAACCUACACCCUGCACUGAAGGCAGAGAUUCAGCAAAGUCAGAAAGACCCAGCUGUUGUUUCUUCUUCUUCAAGAACAUUAUCAUCCAGAGGUAGUCGAGAUUACGAAUGGACUACCAGCUGGUGGGAGCAAUUCAUAGUUUUGCUUCAGAGGGGUUUGAAAGAGAGAAAGCAUGAAUCUUUCUCGGGUUUAAGGAUUUUCCAAGUCAUGUCAGUUGCAAUUCUCUCAGGCCUUUGUUGGUGGCACUCAGAUACUUCACAUUUGCAAGAUCAGGUUGGACUUCUGUUUUUCUUCUCCAUAUUCUGGGGCUUCUUCCCACUAUUCAAUGCCAUUUUUGCCUUCCCUAUGGAACGACCGAUGCUACGAAAGGAACGUUCCUCUGGCAUGUACCGUCUCUCUUCUUAUUACUUUGCCAGAACUGUAGGUGAUUUGCCAAUGGAGCUUGUACUCCCCACUGUGUUUGUGACGGUUGCUUAUUGGAUGGGGGGUCUCAAGCCUUCACUAGUCACAUAUGGACUAACCCUCUUCAUAGUUCUUUUCAAUGUGCUAGUCUCACAAGGCCUUGGACUAGCACUAGGUGCAAUUCUAAUGGAUGUGAAACAGGGGACAACUCUGGCUUCAGUGACCAUGUUGGUAUUUUUGCUAGUAGGAGGGUACUACAUUCAGCACAUGCCAGGUUUCAUAGCUUGGCUGAAGUAUAUUUCUUUCAGUCAUUACUGUUAUAAGCUUCUUCUGGGAGUUCAGUACUCGGUGAAGGAAGUUUACGAGUGCGAUUUAGGGGUGCGUUGCAGGGUAAUAGACUACCCUGCUGUUAAGUUUGUGGGUCUUGAUGGUUUGUGGUCUGAUGUUGCUGCAUUGGGUGUAAUGCUGGUGGGAUAUAGGGUUCUAGCGUAUGUUGCUUUGAGGAUGGGGCAACCUCACUGACUAGCUACUUCUUGAUCGAUGACGAUGAUACAUAGAUCAGAAUCGAAACUGACAUUUUGCGGCUGCCGAAGGCUACAGAAUCUGAUGAUGACUUUCAAUCUCCGAUUUUAUCAAAUAAUCAAGGUUUCAAACUGAGAUAUUGUGAAUGAAGAUCUUAUGCUGAUAGCUAGCUGGAGAAAUCUCAAUUGUACUCCUUCACAUGAAAAUCAAUAUGAUAUUAUAAUUAUUUGUACCUAGGUCUGUAAAAGAUAUUGCAGUUCAGUUUACUGAUUAUGAACAAUUGAACAUCUUCCCCUAGAAAGUGCACAGUAGAACUGUAAUUUGAAAUGAUCCUAGGUUAGUUUAUUUGAUUUGUAUGAAAUCAGUCAAGUAUGCGGUGUGUUUAA